CCCGAGCAACAUUUGGCUGCUUUCUAGUGUCGUUGACAACAUUGACCUUGACAACACAGCGCGACCGUCGCCCCCAUUCGACAAACGGCCCAUUGCGCAUCGCGAACGGAUUCCUCUCUAUCCUCGAAAACGUUCAUCACAAGAACACGCCAGGAUGUUCUCCGUCGAGGCAUCAAGCGGGAGCGCGCGCAGCACGCUGCGGAACUCACGCCGCCGGCCGCGCAACUCGGACGGAGCGCAACAGCCUCGUAGAAAGAGAAGCAAGAUGGGCGAUGAUACUUUUGUAGCUGCGGCAGACUCCAAAAUGAAUGGAAACGGAAGUAUGGCGAUGAACGGCCACGCGGUUGAGAGCAUCGAGAGCAGCUUGGUCUUGGUGGACAUGCCAGUGCGCGAAAAGAAGACACAAUUGAAGCGCGCGUUGAAGGAGGAUACCGCUUUGUACCUGAACAAGAACGAAAAUUACAGUGUCAAGAAGCUGCCUAGCUUUCCUUCCAGCCUUGCCAGCGGAUCCAUUCCUUUCCAAGCGUCUGCACUAUCCUCGGCCAAUCUAGCGCUCGCCAUCACAGCCAGCCAAGCCCUUGUUUGGGACUACAGCGUUACAGCAGGCACAGCCAAAGUCCUCGCGUUACCUCUACCACCCACUUUGAAAGGAUCGGAUCCGUUACCCUUUGGCGCUGUCGUUCGAAAUGGCCCUGCGAACGAUUUCGGGGUGGUGGCAGUUGCACCGGCGACGGGAAAGAUUGUGUUUUGGGAGAAUAUAGACAGUGCUGAUGCGCGAGGACAUUUCCCCCAGCGUCACCAAGGAGUCGAGGGCUCGAUAAAACUUUCGUCUGGAGAACGCAUAACGAAGCUUGUCGACAUUGAGUAUGCUGGUUACAUUGCCAUCUUGAGCAGCGGUAGACUGGCCCAAAUAACUCUCCGAGACUCUCAAGGGCGCCCGAGUGUCACUGCCACUUUCAUGAGCGACCCAAGUGGAUCCAGCAGCAGUUAUCUUGGUUUCAGAGGAUUUUUCUCUGGCUCCAGCCGCAAGACGGUUGCUUCCGUCCAAGCUCGGCCCUCGGAAUCCAAGGGCCAGAUGGAAGUCAUUACAGCAACGAGGAACGGGACAUUCCAAUUGUGGGAUCUCAGCUGGUCUGGACAGCAAAUUUUCAAGCGGGAACUCGAUGCGCAUGCUGAUAUCGUUGCCGCCAUUCAGCAAGGCACUCCUCCAGAAAUUCGGGGAACACAGACUGUGCACAUCCUGGAUUUCAACAUCAUACAACAAUCGCAAACCGCGGAAGCAGACCUAAGUCUUUUGGCUUUGAUAGCGCUCACCGGAAAUCAAACAAUUGACUAUUUCCUGCUGGAGUUGGACGUCUCGGAGAAUGCCAGUACGGUCAGCAGGGCUAUACCCCUCAAGAACUUCCGCCAGCCGGACACACCGAAAGAACCCACUGGGACCCUCCUCUUACCCGCCCCAGGCCACACAGCGUUUGUUCAACUACCAACAGGUGUUGUUGUAGCUUCACUUGCAGUACCCGAGGAGAGCCCGGAAGCACAGCUCUUUGCAGAUUCCGGAAGCUCGUUGUUGCCGUUCCAAGACACCAUCUAUUUCCGAAAAGACGCCAAUGUGAAUGUAGUUGGUCACGCACAGGAGCAUGUAGGACGGAAAGACAAGCAUGCCAGUGUGCUCUUUUUUGUCGCAGACUACGGCAUACUACAAGUCGACGCACGGCCCCCUCCUAAAAGUGAAGAGAACAGCCGGAGGAAAGUCACUGCUUACAGCAAGAUCUGCCAGGCAACGUUUUUCGCUACGACACCCGGAACCAUCUUGGACUUCUCCACCAAAUCGAGAUAUGACUUUGCGGUUGCAGACGUGGAAAAAGCAGCCCUUCGCGUCAGCAACGGCAUCUUGUCGUCAUCUUAUGAGCAUUUCAACAGGGCAACAUCAUCGAUGGAGGAUUUGCUCCGCAAACGCUCGUUUGCCCUCGAGAAUCUCAUCACACAUGUGCAGUCAGAGUACCCCCCGAUCUCUUUCACCAAGAGGUGGGAACUGCUGUGGCAAGCGGAGAAGCUUUCGGCGUCUAUAAAAUUGUGGAAGUGGUACCAGGGCAAGCUUCGAGAACACGAACUGCAUCCGGAAGCCUUUUCGGAAGAAGUCCUGAUGAACGACAUUGUCCAGGCUCUCAACGAAAAGUUCAAAUCGCCCGUGGACAAGGAAGAACCAGACCGCGUGCGUCAAUUCUUCAUCAAGAACGUGGAGAAUCUCGGCAUUCUGGUACCAUGGGGCUGGAAUUAUCUGCGAAUGUUCUACCUGGGAGGGGGCAAGAACCGUUCUGCGGUUAUGCAGCGGCUUAGUGAAGCAAACGACGUCCUGCUCACCGUUCUCGAGGCCGGUUACAGUUUCCGACAGCUCAACUGCGAGAAGUACGGACUGGAUCCGAACUCACUUGAAGAUGGUGUUUUGAAGGCCCAUUCUGGUUAUGACAGACUGCCACCAAUCUGGACUUCAUCACACAACAUCGUCUCCUCGCUCCGUAGUAUAAUCGACGUCGGCCGCAAUCUAGGCGAGGAUAGCUUUGAGCAGCGCGUCGAAGAGGAGCUUGCGCAAAAGAUUGCCAAGGACAACCCCAGGCUUGUGAGAAUGGGCUGUCAGACGCACAUUGAACGGUUCCAAUGGGCUCUCGACCAAAGCGAUGAGAAAACAAGGGAAAUGGGGCUUACUUUGCGCAGCGAAUGGGAUACCAAAGUUCGACCGGAACAUAUUUAUGGGCUUAUGAGCAUUGGCUUGGCUACGGACGGAAUGAAUCUCGCUGAACGGUACCAGGACAUGCCCACGUUGGUCAGGCUCAUAUGGGACGAAACAACCUAUCUCGAAGUAUCAAAACUCGAAAGUGAGAGCAAGCUGGAGGAAGCCGAGAUCAACGUCAAACUCAACAGGAUCAAGGAUCGUGUCAGCCGAUAUUUCACAGAAUACGGCAAGGCCUUUGCUGAAGCCUACUACGAGAAGCGUAUUGCCGAGAACCAGGCAGGACGGCUUUUUGGGCCCGAGACGGCAGAAAAUCAAAAGCUCCUUACCAAGUUUUUGUCCUCGGAUCCUUCGCGUGCAAAGCUUCACUGGAUCAACAUGAUUGGACACAAGGAUUUCGACAGCGCCGGUGUCGCGCUCUAUAAGGUCGCACGGAACAAUGAGACGAAUGCUUGGUCUAAACGCGUUGAGCUAUCUCUCUCAAAACUCGCCUUGAUGUGCAAAGACCAAACUGAGCCCGCUUCAGCCGAGCACCAAUUGUUCCCUGCUGAGACUGAGACACGCCCCAGGGACGAGAAAACCAUCAAGAAAGUUGAAAUUGUCAACGCAAGUGCAAGAAAUCUGCUCGAGGUGUCCAAGGUUCAAGAUAUGGUCUAUGAUGGUCUAAGACCUACCAUCACCGGCGCUGUGGACGACGAAGGCGCCAUUGAACUUCUGAUGGCAGAACUCGGACAGGGCCGUCUCCAGGAACGUCCCGCUCUCCAAUCGCUUCUUAAGCAAGGAUUCGAUGAGCUAAUCCAUCACCGAGCCAUCGACCCCGCCCUAUUGAUCGAUGUACUCACUUUGAUGACCCCCGAGGGCGAUGAUGCAGACGUAUCCGAUGCCUUCGUCCUCGCUCUCCGCGCCCUGGCAUUAGCCUGGGACGCUACACAACGGACCACCCGCGUUGGCCUUAAAGGCCUCAUCUGGAAGCGACUCAUGAUCCAGGACGACUGGGCACGCAUCAACACUUUCAAAGGCAUUUCGCAGACGUCGCUGAACGAGUUCCUCGUCACCACGAACCUAGCACAAGUCCUAAGAGAACUGUUGAUACUGACUCGCUCCAACAAGCAAUUCAACGUCGUCUGGUUCAAUUCCCUCGACGAAGUCUCCGGAAAAGGCUGCACCGACGGCGAACUCUGCAUCCGCUUCCCCUCGGAGGACCUGCGCCAGCCCAUUAUGCAGGAAAACGCCCUCGACGAAACCCUCUUCAACGAAUACAUCCAGAACGCUAGGUUGCAGCGCUGGUUUGGCGCUGCGUUCCAGGCGGCCAAGUGGAGCUUGGAUGGCGGCGAGUAUGAUGGCGCCGAGGCUGCUGCUUCGAUUCUUCAGGAGGAUCGCGAAGAUGCCGGUGAACAGGGUGCUACGGUUGUGCGGGAGACUGUGGAGAGUGUCGAGGAAGUUGUCAAGGUUGAGGCUUCGGAAGGUGGUGGUGAUGGGGAGAGUGGGGAUGUGGAAAUGGCUGAUGGCUGA